AUAUUUGAAACACGGUGCGCGGGGCUACAGUUGGCCGAUGGAACGCAGCCUGAAGCUGAACCGACAGGCUCAUAAAUAACUGCUUCUCAAAAAUUGUUGUUAUGAUGACCAACUCUGGAGCUUCUCGGCCGUGAAGACGACAUAUUCUGCCAAUAGUGAAGACGUCAGGAGUCAACAUGAAGUGUUUGAAAGUGGAAGAAUACACCAAAAGGACCGCUUCUGUUAAAGAGACGAAGCUUUUGUAUCAGGAAUUAAAGGAACACGCGAGCGGUAAACCUGGACUCCAGGUCCGCCUGCUGUGCGACAGGAUUGCCAGAGCUUGCAACCAUCAGCUCGGACUCGGACCCUGUCACUCGGAGCACAUCAGUGAGUUGGUGAAGCUGGUGGAGCUAGCUGUCCAGCUCUACUAUGGCUCUGUAGAGCUUGUGCCGCAGAGCAGUCCCUUAUAUAUGGAGAAGAUCCUUUUCCAUAUUGUGAAUAACCUGUGCUCCCUAGACGCUCACGCUCUUUGCAGUCACGUGGCCGGAUUGCUUCACGACAAGCUUCUCAUAUCUCAAAAGGCUGAACAUGAUUACACUGUUCUCGUGCAGAGCUGUUUCGCUGUGUUUUGGAAUGGCCUGUCCGCUGCCAAAGAAGGGAAUACCCUGAGCCCUCAGGAAAAACUACGCUGGCAGCUUCAAACCUUGAGCUUCUUCUUGUUGUUGGACUCAGAAACAGCCGUUUCUGCCAGCUAUAAAACUUCGGCAUACAUGCAGGAAGCCGUUGCUUUGUUCGAGAGCGGCUUCAGAGCUCUGACUGCAGAGGACGUGUCGUUUCUUCUCCAGGAGAUACAAGCUCUUUUUAACAGAACCUUUCCCGACAGUCAAACCUGUGAAGGAGAGGCGGCGAAGCAGCGUUGGGAGGCAUCACGUUUUUGCGUGCUCUCCGAAGUCACGCUGUUUGCUGUGAGGUUGGCCUGUAAGGGCGGCCACCACAGCCUAGCCACCGCCUUCUUAGAGGAAACGGAGAAGAGGAUUUUGAGCUGUGAUGGCUUUCAGGGGAUCCCGUUGGUUCUUGGCAAAUGGGCAGUAAAGAUUCACUCAGCAAUGAAGGCUAACAAAGAACCUGGCCACGCUCUGACAGAAUGCGCCAGAACCCUGAGGUCUCUUUCAACGGAGCUGGACUUCAGAGACGGCCACGCGGUUCUUGAAGGCUGUAAUCUGGUGGUCUGGGCUGUUGAAAGUGAGAACACCAAAGAGCUGAGCGGCCCGGCGCUGCUGGCUCUGUUUUCGUUUCUGGAGGAGCACCAAGAGUGGGCGAUGCAAAUGCUCAACAAGAAUUCAGCAUGUCAGGCUAGAGGCUACAAUAUGCGACGGUCCCUUUGUUUGAACAUCUACCAGGGCUUUGUGCUUGCUCAUAAGAGCAUGGUGGCAUCACAGCUGGACGACAGUGACACACUGGACCGGGUUCUGCUCUACUGCCAAGCAACGGCUGGGCUGCUGAUGACCGAACUUCGCAAGGUGUCGAACGGCAUCUCCCUGAGCAAACCAGUGACCGUUGUGAGCAACUUGGCUGGUUGCUUCUACAGCCGGCGCCUAUAUGACCAAGCCCUAACGCUGGUGGAAAUCCUCUGCCGGGAUCUGUGCAAGAACUGCUCUGACACACUUUCCGUCAACACCUUAAAUCGACCCUUCAUGCUGGCCGUGCAAGCUUCACGGCAGGUCGGACAAUUUGAACGAGCGCUUGACUGGAUCAUCCUGUGGCUGAAGGCGCUUGGGGACCAGAUCACAACUCGCAUGACUAAACCGGUCUCUCUUUGGGUCAAAACAAAGUGUGAUGGUGCCCGUAACAACAACGAGGACAUAAGACUCAGGACGUUGCGAGAUGGUUUUGGUCCCGACGUUCCUGAGGAGAAAGUCAUGUUGCUUCUUUUGGACGAAGAGUUGCGGGGCUAUAAGGAGGCGACCAGGGACACGGCUCAGGAACGCUACAACACGCUCUGUGAUCUGUUGGACAUCUGCCACGAGGAGAGUUCCUACACCCAUCUGCGUGCGUUCUACCUCUGCGAAAUGGCCCAAGUCGUGUGCUUCCAGGACUUCAGCGAGCAAACUGACUGCAUGGCGGUCGACUUUGCCCAUGAAGCUCUACGGCUUCUCGGAGAAGAACCAGAGACUUCAGAAAACGCUGAUAGGCUGAAAGAUGAUAAAGCACAAGCCUUCCUCUGGCUUUAUAUCUGCACUCUGGAGAAGAAUCUGCAAGAUGGAAUUGAGAGUGAUAGAAAACAACGAGAGCUGCAUGAAAAGUCGCAGAGCGUGACCAGUCCUAUAGGCAACAACGAUUUUGAUUAUGAAGACAAGCAGAAGACGCAGGACAGAACUCUGGUGUACGAAGGGCUCCAUUUUAACCUGUAUGCAGAAAAACAGCUGUGUCAGCCACUGGAAAAAGCUCUGACUGUUUGGACUGACCUUUUUAAGAAUCGAGCCGUGCCUGGUGUCAGAAACCCUAAGCAGACCUGCAGCUCCAUUGCUGUUGCUGCAGCUCUCUUCAAACUCAUUGGGAAGCCCCUGAAGGCUUUGGAGGCAUACAACCUUGGCAUUAACUUUUCCCGUGAACUUGCUGAUAAUCGUGGUUGUGCUGCUGCUCUCUGUCAAUCGGCCAGCAUCCUCUUGGAAAUGGGAUCACCUGACCUGGCUCUGGCCCAGAUAGAGGAAGCUGAGAAAAUGUUAACAUCAGAAGCCAUGGAUGAUGGUCCUUCUUCCCUCUACAUGCUGCUUGUCUUGUUAAAGGCUCAGUACUUCUACAGCAUAGGACAGGUCAGCUUGGGUGUGCCUCAUCUGUGUAAGGUACUGAAAGAAGUAAGUGACCAAAAACAGUCAAAGAGCUGGUACCUGCUGCAUGCACGAGCUCUGCAGACCUGCAGCUCCUAUCUGAAUUUGGACGUCGUCACACUGCCACAAGCCCAAAGAAGCCUCAUCACGCAGUAUGGUCUAGAUUCUCCUGAUUCUGCGCUGUAUAAAGGAUUGAAGCUCCUCUGCAGCUUACUGGUAGCUUUAGUGGGAAAAUGCCUGCAUUGGAGCUCAGCCAGUAACACAGAAGUGCGCUUUGUCCACCAAGGAGACAACCUGGUGAUGAAGUGGCAGCUGCUCUCAGAUCUCCUGAGCUGCUUUACAAAGCUGGUUGCCGUGCGCAGCAGGUCUGGGGCCGUCAACGAUGCCAGACUGCAGUGUCUAGAAGCCCUGAAACUAGCCACCAAACUACAAGCACUCAGCCAAUGUGUUGAGCUGCUGGUGAUUAAAGCAGAACUGGAGCUGAUGCAGGGGGAAACGGAUGAAAGUCGGACAGAUCUGGAUUUUGUCAAAACCCUCCUGGAGCAAGGCACAGAUAUUUCCGAUCAGGUUCAAAGGACUGAUGUUAAAAUCAAACCAAGGAAAGGCCGUCCCGCUCAAAGACCUCAGUCCCCGGUUCCGUUCAUGGAAGAUGAUCUAAAGGACAUCUUGAGCACCAGGUGGAUUAACAAAGAAGUUGUAAUGAAAGAUGUCCCCAGUUCCCCUCCCCUUAAGGCUCCCCCUCUGCGCUGGCUCGCCUGUCUGACUCACGAACCCGACUGCCAGCUGCCCUGCUGCUCGGAGCCAUCUUUAGGCCGGGCCUCUGCUCGCUGGGCAGCAGCGCGCGCCGAUCUGGCUUUUCAGCUUGAUCCCAACGACCUCAGCGUCACGUCCAAACUUCACUGGGCGUCUUUAGUCCGUUGUAAAAAUGUGACCACGCGACUCAAAGAGAAGCUGGCCAAGCUCUUCCCUCCCUGUGACCCCGCCAGGAGCGUCUCCAAACCCUCCCUGAUGCAGGACGUGGUGGGUCGCGUGUACCUGAGCAUGGCCCAGACUGAGCUCCAGACUAAGGCCACCAAGGUCUGUGGCUUAUGGAAAAUACUGGAGGCUGGCUUUGCAUUUCUAGAUUCCACCACCUCCCCUGACCUAGUACCUGUCAGAGCGCAUCUGAUGGCAACCAAAGCCGUCGCAUCACUCAUGAUCUUGGCUGCGAAGAAAGGCUGCCGGCCUGAGGAGCUAGUUUUAAACAACUGGGCAUGGAAUGCACCAAAGGAGCAGACGCACAGCAAAUGUGAGCAGAAAUUAGCUGCACCCGCCGCACUAAAGAAGCCCAAAGCCUCUGUUAAAAACCCAGACGCUGCAGAGCAGAAACAGGAAUCAAAAAGCAUCAAAGCAGUCAAACCCAAAAUUCAAGUUUCUGGCGCCUCAACCAAAGGCAAGGGUCUGGUUCCCAUCACACCAGUUGUUGCGAAGCCCAAGUCCUCUGCUGGGGUGUUUGAUUUCAACACAGUGGUUCCCACCUUGGCUUGCACUCCGGUCCAGAAGGUAAAAUGUCCCGCUUCGGCGCGGAAGGCACCGAGGAGUGUGGCUAAACUGCAGUUUCAAGUGUAUGAAGAGGCGUCGCCGUUACAAGACAAGGUCCAGCCCGUGCCUGCAGCUCCUAAACGGACAAAGAAAUCACGCUUCAAGGUGGAAUUUAGUGAUGAAAGUGACUCUGAAGCCGCUCCCCACGCAGAGCUCAAAGCGCCGGCUGCUGUCCCUAAGAAGCAGAGCUCUCGACGAGCUGCCGCUAAUCCUAAAACGGCUGCGGAGAAGGCCAAGCCCGCGGGCCGGAGCGCGGCCAAAAGGAGCAGCGCCCUGCCUCGUUCAACCUCCUCUGAGGAUGAGCCCGUGCUCCGGCCGCCCACGCUCAGCCGCAGAGGAAGAAGCAGAAAACCGCCGUCUAAAGCUGAAGAAUCGCAGGAUGAGCCCGACACCAUGCGGACCAUUGUGGAGGAAGCUAAGGAGGUUUUAGACCUAAGCAUCGAGCAGCUCAGGACGUCCGACGCUGAGGAGGGGGACGACUCAACGGGACGUAAAGACAGUAAUGUCGACUUUGAGGUGUUGAGGAGGGAUAUGUGCUGUGGUGGGGAGAGAGACGGGCCGUUUGAGAAGAGGCCCAGUGAGAGUCCACCAGAAGACCUAUUGCCCAACAUCGCUCACACAGACAGCGGGCCAGACAAUCUUUCCUUGGAGGACGUUCAGUCUCUGCUCCGCUCAGCGCUGCGGUCUCUUCAGCACUUCCCCUGUCCAACGAUCUAUCCCGACCUCUGUGCUCUUCUCGCCUUGACCACGGGAGAGAGCGACCCUGUAAGGACAGCGAUGCUGCACGCCCAGUCCUUAGGGGUCACCAGCCGCCAUCGCACCAUCUGCCACUUGAACAAAUCUCGCCAAAAACUGCAAAAGGCAUCCAGUGAUUUAACAAAAAAAAUGGAUGCUUUGUCGCUAAGCGAGCCCAGUGGGACCGGUUCCUCUGCAGCUACUGAGCAGAUGCUGUCUCAGAUGGAGGACAUAUUUUCUUUCCCCACCACAGACCUCAGUUCUUCCUCCCAGAACCCUCGCCAGGAGUUUGUCCAACAAAUUCAACAGCUUCCACCCGGAGUGACGGUGUGCCUGAUGUCUGUGCUGGGAGUGAAACCCGGGGAAAUGGGGGAGAGCAUAAUGCUGUCGCGUCUGGAGAAGGAUUCCUCCCCCCUCACAAUUCACAUCUCCACUUCUAGACAAGAGGUCAGCAUUCGAUGGUCUGUGCAGGAGAUGGACAGCAUUCUGGAACAACAGAAGGUUGUGAGCUGCGUGGCCGACAAAGCAAAGUGGUGGGAGGGCCGCAGAGCUCUUGACUGUCGAGUUAAGCAACUUAUACAACAAAUGGAGAGACUGCUUGGGUGCUGGAAGAGCCUUCUAUUGCCACUUUCUCUGGAUCCAGAGCUCUCCAAACAGACUAAGGACCUCAGCAAAGCCUUAGCUAAGAGAGGAGUGGCUGUGCAUGAAGAGAUGCUGAAGGUUGUGCUUUCAGCGUCUCACUCCUUCUCUGAAGAGGAUCUUAAAACAUUUGGGCCAGGACUUUCCCCCAAGUGGGACGGCGACUGCGAUCGUCUACUCCGCGCUGCGAUGUCCCAGCUCUCGGAGAGAAAGGAGACCAGAGGACACGUGGUUCUAAUCCUGGACAAGUACGUUCAAAAGUUACCGUGGGAGAGCAUCUCCGUCCUAAAGUCUCGCUCAGUCAGCCGGAUGCCUUCGCUGCAUUCUCUGCUGGGACUGAGCUUUCAGAAGGAGAUGGAUUCUCAGUCCAUCUUGAGGCAAGGUGUGGACCUAAGGAAGGUGUUUUACGUGCUGGACCCCGACGGCAGCUUAAAAAGUGCCCAGGAUCGGUUCAAGGAAUGGUUCUGCGGCUACCCAGACUGGGAGGGGGUGUGCGGCGGUCCUCCCGACUCGAGACGACUAGAAGAAGCCGUUGCUUCUAAGGACCUUUACAUUUACGUGGGACACGGCGCGGGAGCAAGGUUCCUGGACAGCCAGGCGGUCCUCAAGCAGCAGAUGAGAGCGGCCUCGCUGCUUUUUGGCUGCAGCAGCGCCGCCCUGAGUGUCAGAGGCAACCAGGAGGGUCAGGGGAUCAUUCUGAACUACCUCAUAUCAGGAUGCCCCUUCAUUUUGGGCAACUUGUGGGACGUAACGGAUCGGGACAUCGACCGGUUCACCAAAGCCCUGCUGGAGUCCUGGUUCUCUGCGGGAUCCGGAGCGCCUCUCCUGGACUUCAUAGAUUCGUCCCGUCAGGCUACGCACCUUAAAUACCUCAUAGGAGCAGCACCCGUCGUCUACGGGCUGCCGAUUCACCUACAGUAGCAUGGGAAACCAAGCAGCAAACAGAAUAAACAUUUUGUUUAUCCAUGCCUUUUUAGGCUAUUUAUGAACUCUGAAUGUUCUUUCAAUCAUUUUUUUAUAUUGUUUUUAAGAUUCCCUGCAUUGCUGGGUAUAUUGAAUAAAUGAACUUUCACAUGCAGUCUUUGUUAUGGAAGUGUUUAUAGAUACAGCAGUUUACUGUAGACAUAACUUUGAUCUACAAUUACAGGAGUGAAUUACAGGGAGAAUGACUUGAAACCACUUUUACUGCUAAGGGUUUUUGGUUUGUAAAACAAAUGUAUAGUUAUUAAGUUAAAGUUUUAUCAAUCUAGUGCUAUUGAUGGAUUUUGAGUGGCGUCUAAAAAUGUAAUUUAUAUUCCUGCUUGAUCUUGGUUGGGUUUCUAGAGGACUGGAGAUAUUAUCAAGGUAGUGUAGACUACUCGUCCACAUGGGGGCAGUGUUUCAGACAAAUCUCACAAUAUUCUCUCUAUAUCUAUCUAGCCUCUGUUUCAUAAUAUAGUGAGACUGCUAAAUUGACAAAAUUCAAGCACCAAGUGAUCUGUAAGUUGUGGGAAAGUACUAAGAUCCACUGACUAACAGAACAAUUUUUUUUUAAAGAAAAAUAAAACAAGUUGUCAGUAAUGUUGAAGUCCAAAUAAAGACUUUCUGGCAAAAUACAA